GAUGGAAGGAUAAUUAUCAGACCCGAUCGCCGUGCUACAUGACGCUCGGAAAAACUGCAUAUCCGGAUCCCGUAAACGCUGGGAUCUGCACGGGUGAUGGACACUAAGACACCGCCGAUACCGCAAAAGCAGAGCAACUCGAGUCAGCAACACCUCGAUAGAACGAAAUUCAAGACACCCUCCGUUCGGCAGGUCCAAAUAUCCCUCCCCCCCUUGACACCGCCUCCGAAUCGUCGACAGAGAUUGAAGACCCCAAGUUCACCCUGGGCCCGCGGCUCGGCCGGACCCGGAAUACACGCCGGCAGCGGGGGGGCCAAUAAUUAUCACAGCAAUAGUCAGUCGGAACGACCUUACAGAGUUCUCCACCUGGGUGCGACGCCGCUGAUGCACGCUUGCCAACAAGCGGACAGAUCGCGGGUUCUGCGUCUCCUUAAGGAGCAAAGGGACACGAUAGGGUACAGGGACCGGACGUUGAGGAACGCCCUUCACUACUGCAUGGACGCGGGUACGGGAGGUGCGGUGGCGACGGCAGCACCGGAAUUGGUGAACGCGCCGGACGUCGAAGGACACACGCCUCUCCACCUGGCCGUCAUCGCCGGCGACGCCCAGCUCGUCGCCGUUCUUUUGGCCAACGGGGCCGACGUAAAUGCCAAGGAUUCCGAAGGGCACAGCGUUCUCCACUGGGCGACCGUAUGCGGCGAGGUGGAAUGCGUCCGGCUGGUUUUGGCCGCAGGUGCGCGUCCGUCCACGCCGGACAUGCGGGGAGGAUCGCCUCUUCACUACGCGGCGCAAUGCUGUGGAGCUGCGGCUCCGUCGGAGCUUUCGGUGCCGAAGAAGGUCGGUCUCAAGGUGCUGCAGUCUCUACUCGACUACGGAGCAAACCAUAAUGCAAAGGACGAGGAUGGUCGUCAGCCAAUUCUCUGGGCUGCCAGCGCCGGGAGCGUCGACGCCCUUCUUGCUCUCGCAAGAGCUGGAGGUUCUGCGGCCGCCGGUGCCUCGGACAAAGAUGGUCUGACCGCUCUUCACUGCGCUGCGUCCCGAGGACACGCCGGAUGCGUCGAAGCCCUGGUGAACCUGUGCGGUUCGCAGCCGGAUCACGUCGACGAUAACGGAUGCUCGGCGCUUCAUUACGCUGCUACUUUGGGCCACGCGGACGCCACCGCGCUUCUUCUGCGACUCGGUGCCGACCCGAACAGACAAGAUCGAAAGGGAAGAACACCAGCACUAUGCGCGGCAGCAAAAGGUCAGCUCGAGACGCUGAAGCUGUUGGCGCAACACGGAGGUUCCUUGUACGCGAGGACGGUGCGAGGCAGCGGAGUUGCCCACGAGUCAGCGGCCUCGGGUAGAGUGGAAUUGAUAAAGUGGCUGGCCAAGAAGCGUCCGGGAAUACUGGACGUAGCGACGCACGACGGUCGAACGCCUCUCCACGUCGCGGCGCUCCACGGUCACGUGGACGCGUGCAAAGUCCUCCUGGACAACGGAGCCCGGGUGAACGCGAUCCUGAGGACCUCGAAGGGCGGGCAAAUGACGGCGCUGGACGCAGCUCUUUACCGGGGUCACAGGGACUGCGCAAAGCUGAUACAAAUGCACGGUGGGACGACGGCCCAGCAUGUCAGGAACCGGAAGAUCGGAGGCACGACGCACUGCAAGGAAUUCGCGGCUCAGCUUCGGACGCGAAAACGUGACGGGGAAACCUGCAGCUCGGACACUGAAGAAGAGAAGGACAGGGACGUCUCGCCCAGGAUCAGGCGUCGUCGGCGACGACGAGGUUCCCGAGAGCCCGACUUCGACGUCUCUGAACGACGCGAGGAGGACCGAGGCGGGAGUCGGAGCUACAGUGACCAGGAUGAGCCCAGGUCGACGUCGAGGAGGGCGGUGAGGAGUCGGCGUCGUCGGGCGCGCAGCGAAAGCUGCGGAAGAGGUCGAGGAUCCCGGAAAAGAAACGGGAAGCAAAAGUCCGGCGGACGGAAGCACGAGUACGACGGAUCCUCGAGCACGCACUCGGGGGAAGCGACGGAUCCUGGUUCCGACGAGGAUACGGACAGCGACGGAAGCGCCGUAAGCGAGGACAGUCUCGAGGUGGUGAUCGUGAAGAAAUGUGUAGAGAAAACCUCAGAGAGGGUCGAAAUGUCGGGCAGAAAGCCGAAGCGGACUCCCGGGGGUGAGAAGAGCUCCGUGAUCAGGUCGACGAGGUCGAAAACGCGCCGAAGAACCGUGAGGAAAAAGGCCAAGGAAGAGAACGAUGCAGAGGGAAAUGGGAGGGCCGAAAACGUCGGGAAAAGCGAGCCUGAAGCAUCGAAACCCACGAAAACAUCGCCGAAUAACGACGCCGAGGAACGUAGGUGCGGGAGGAAAAUGCAGUACCAAAUCGAGACUGCUGACAGCACGAGCCAGGAAGCCGUCGAACGCGUUACCGUCACGGUUAUGGUGCACAAGGAUCAUCUCUCGGACACGCCUAAAACGACGUCGAUCGAAAGCUCAUCGCGAAACGGAGAGACGGAAAAGACGAGUAAGGAUCAUCAAUCUGCAGCGGGAAAGGGAAAAGAGGAAGGUGAUGAGAUAAAACGAGAAAAUGAAAAAGGAGAAGCAGAGGAAGAAAUUCAAGAACAACGUCCGGAAACUGAGUCGAAAAAGAAAACGAGGCCUCGAUCGGCUCGGCCGGGUUCAAGCAGAGGGAAACGCGUGGCCUCGGCAAGAACGCGGAUGGAUCAUAUACUGGAAAAGGCGGAUGAGAUGCAGAGUGCUCUAGUGCAAAAGGCGGCCGAUUUGAAGAAGGGAAUCGAGGAAAUGCGGGAACAGAUAACAGGAGAAAAGACCGGGGAUGAUCGUCAAACAAGUUCGAGCGAAGAGAAGGUGGAGGAAAAAAACACUCACGAAGAGUCUGACGGUGUCGUGACGCAGAAAGUUGCGGGGACACUGGAGGAAACUGAUUCAGAUCCUGCAGGAUCGGAGAAGAACGUUGCUGACGAGUCGAAGACAACCGAUUCGAAUGGUUCAAAAAUCGAACACGGAGCAUCCGAUGAGGAGGUCUCGGUUGGUUUGGAAGCGAAGAAGUCGAUUUCUUCCGAGGAAUCGAACGUUAAGGAAGAAUCCGAGUGGAAGAAACCAUCCGGCGAUGAUCAGCCUGCUCGAAGUGGUAAAUCAUCGUCGAGGUCGUCGAUCGGGUCGAAAAGUCGACCAGGUACAGCGGUGGACAAAUCUGUAGGAUCACCUGAAGGCAAGUCGGAUUCGAAGUCUGUUUCGAAGCCUGAUAGCAGGAUGAGCAAAUCGAGAUCUGGGGACAGCCGGAAGUCGGAUUCUGUAAAAUCAGUGGACGACGUCGAGCCGCCGAAUGCUGGAGUUAAGGAGCGUCAAGAAACGGCGACAGAACAAUUGAGCGAAAUAAAAGCGAAGUCAUCGAGUCCCGAUGAUAACGAGGCAUCGCAGACUGGGAAGGAGUCUGCCCAAGGCGAUGAGAAGAUUGCGGAAGAGGUCAACGAUGUCGAAUCCGAGUCUCGGGUUAUCGUCGAAGAGAGUUCGUCGUCGCAACGGGCAAACCUUGAUUCGCAAAAGUCCCGGUCUCGACCAUCGACGGCAAAACAACGUGGAAAGUCACCAGGUAAAGGGGGAAUUCUACGCCGGGUCGACAGUUCGGACGAAUCGUCGCCGGCUCGUACCGCGGCAAUCGUUGCCGUGAUAGAGAGUCCCGAGUGGCCGGAAGACGAGGAAGACGAAGAGGAAGAGGAAGAGGAAGAGGAAGAGGCGAUCGACAAGGAGAUACGAGAAGCGAUUGGCGACUAUCCGGAACCCGAGACUGACAUCGACGACAACAGCGUCGGGGUAAUGCGGGUCUUGCCGAGCACAAGCGACGAGGAAACCCCUCGAACAUUGGGACAGUCGCGAACAUCCGGCAUCGACUCGCUGCCUCAGGUUGCGACCAGGCCGCGAGCCCGAAUGCCGAGAGUUCGUAGUCCGGGCAAGAAGGCGCUGGAUAGAGCUCGGCACCGUCGGGACAGCGGGGGUCGAGACAGCGGCAUCGAGCCGAGUCCGAGGAUAUCGAAGAUACCAAGAAGAACGUCGCGAUGCUACCCGAACACCGAGAAGCAGCAGGCGUUGAACAUGGAGACGGUGACGAGGGACGUUCAGAUAAGUUUGCGCCGUUAUCACCUCGAGAGGAAGAUAUUCUUUCAGUUAAUGGAGCUUAAAAGACUUCAGAUAAGAAACGGAAGGGCGAACGAACAGGUUCUGGUCAAACGGCAGGUCGAGGCCUUCCACAGGGCUGGAACAUCCGGACCUACUUUGGGGGUGGCGAAAUACGACCAGCCGUUGACGUUCAGGCACUUCGAGGCUUUUCUCUACGAGCAGUUGAGGCGUCUUCAACGACGUCCGGCGACUCCGGACUGGUGCGCAGGCGCCAAGCAAUGUACCCAGAAAACCCACCGCUGCCACCACGCCACAAGUGCCUACACUUCGCUUCCGGUCUACACAUAUCUGGGGGUUGGAGAUCGGAGUGGAAAUUUACUUCCGAGUAUCGCUGGGCGAGGAGGGCGGGGCCAAAUGACGGUCGAAGUCACCCACGGUGAGAAUAAGCAAGUAAUCGCGCUUCCAGCGGAAAGGUUAGAUCGAGGCAAAAGGUACUUUGUCACGUUUACAGUACGGGGUGACGCUCAGGACAGAGAAAAGUCUGGCAAUAAAAAUUCCCAACAGCUUAGCGCCGCAGCUGCAGCCUCACAAAGAAACGCGAAAAGCGUUUAACAAUAAUUAGCGAUUGGCGAAUGAAACGAGAUGAGAAGAGAAAUUUUUACAACGAAUAUAAUCAAAUAUUCGAUUGAAUUCAAAACGCAUUAUCAAUAUACUGUGUUAUUAAGCGAUGAUGCGCCGCUGAUGCUGCCUGCUACGUGUUAUAAAAUAUGAAAAAAAAAACAAUAGAAAAGCUUCCCCCUUAGCAAAUAAUUUAUAUAGAACCGUUUAUUGUAAUAUCAUACGUCAUACGUUGCAGGGACCAUAUAGGUAUAUAAAUUAUUGACGAUUUAUAACAUUAUAAGUGUAAUAGUUGAUGUAGUAUAAGAUAUAUUGUGUGUCUGUAUGUGUCAGCUGUUUGUCUGUACGAAACGGUCCAUGAUAACUGAUAGGCUGUUGGUACAU